GAUGAUGAUGAUGAUGAUGAUGAUGAUGAUGAUGACGAAGAAAACGAGGAAAACGCAAAAGACUUAAACAAAGCCCUGAAGAAAAUCCUGAAGAAAGGUAAAGGUCCGGCAACAACCCAGGAGGCCGAAGAGGAACUCACGUGAGAUCGAAGUGUGACCGGGCUUUGUUUUGCGCGAAAGAAAAAGCAAUACUUCAGCGAUAUCCCGCAAAGUAAAGAUGCGACGGCUGUUUCUACAUCGGAAUGGGAGGUAAAAGCGCGAAACCCAAGAUUCCCUCCUAUGAGCCCUACCAGUGCUGUCCUGCGAAGGUUGCUCGCGGCACUAAACUCGCCAAGGCCACGAAAGUCAGCCCUGUUAUCAAGGAAAAGGAUAGACUUCAUGGUAACGUCAGAAGCAGGUUUAGUAAAACGGAAACUUCGGCAUUGAAGCCUAUUAACAAGCUAACUGCUAAGGAGAGCAGAAAGAUGGCCACGACGAGUUCGACGAUCAAGAGUACUGGUUCAACUACCGAAGUCAAGCAAACCCAGUCAAAGGCGAAAAGAGGAUUUUUCGGAACCGUUGUAGCCGGUCUUCCAUACCUAAUGAAGGUUUAAGGAGAGGAACUAUAACUGAAAGAAACCUGACAGAAAGAUAAAAAUAAAGAGAGAAAAAGAGAGAGAGAGAGAGAGAGAGAUCGAGGGACCGAGGCUUAAGACAAAACGUAAUCGUGUAACUAAUAGGAAGGCAAGGAAGAUUCCAUAUCCAGUGGAGUAUCAGACGUCUCGUCUAUAUUAUAAAGGGAGGAAAGAUUAAACGACACAAUGUAUAAGAAGAAAAAUUUGUAAAAAUUUCAAGGGAUAGCACAUUUGAAGAGUGCUUUUUAUGAAUCAUGCAUACAUAUAUUCGGACAACCAUUCUUCGUUAAAAUCUCCUUCAUCGUCUCGUCAUCAUCUUCGAAUAUAUAAAACGAUCAUAUAUAAUAAUUAUCUCUUAUAAUAAUUAUAAAAACAUAUAUUACAUUGGCUGAUCGCAUCGUUAUUUCACACACACACACACACACACACAUUUCCUUUUUCUUUCUUGGUGGAUCAAUGUA